CGUUCAUUCAUUUACUGCUUCUUUUAGAUUGUCGCGCAAUUCACAAAUUGCAUACAAGGCAAUAUGUCUCGUGCUUCCAAAUUGACAUUGGCCGCGACUGGUCUCGGUACGGCGGGGAUCAUCUACUUUGUGCACUGGGCACAAGAACAAGAGAAAAUUGGCAUGCACAAAGCGGUUGAGCUAGACAUGGAGAAACAACGUAUCCGCAGGGAACGACAGGCCGAGUUCGAGAUGCAAAGGGCGUUGGAAGAAGAGUACCGGAAGCUACAGAAGGUCUCGCCCAGCGUUGACGAACCAAGCGAAGGGAAGCCGAAUCAAGGACAAACAUCAUGAUACACGCCCGAGCGGUCCUUUACGAUUCAUAGACUUUGUCUGGUAUAGAUGUCCACUUGGCAUGUGAUGGCUGUAUGCUUGUAGAAUAUACCCAAAAUGUACAUUAGAGAUCAUUAUCCACACCCACCUCUGUAUACUAUUGAUUCAGCCUGUCUCGAGACCACAUGGUUCGCUAAGGGAUUGGCUGUUCAGCGCCACACCUGCUGAAAGAAGGCAAUGAGAAGGCUAUAUGGCAGCGGUAUAAGAAGCACCGCUAUGCAUGAACAGAC